AUGUUCUCAGUUCUAAAAACCAUCAACCAACUACGCCGAUUCUUGGAGAUGGUGAACUACUAUCACCGUUUUCUUCCCCAUGGUGCCACCAUACUGCAGCCACUCAACAGUCUGUUGACCCACUCCAAGAAGACACUGGUGAUGACCGAGGAGGCCGUCAGGUCCUUCAAUGGCGUCAAGGCCGCACUUGAGCGCGCAACACUGCUUGCCCACCCCCGCGCUGGUGCCCAACUAACUUUCACGACAGAUGCUUCCAGCACUGCCGUUGGUGCAUCACUUCAGCAAACUGUUGGUGGUGUUCUACAGCCUCGGGCUUUCUUCUCGAAGAAGGUAAGCCCAGCAGAGACCCGCUAAAGUGUCUUCGGCCGAGAACUCGGGCACUUCCGACAUUUUCUCGAGGGAUCGGAAUUUGUCGUUCUAACGGAUCACAAGCCACUCGUUUUUGCACUGAGGGCCUCUCCCGAUCGGUACUCGCCCCGUGAAAUGCGUCAUCUUGAUUUCAUCUUACAGUUUUCCUGUGACAUUUAGCAUGUAAAUGGUAAGAAGGGUGUAGUUGCUGAUGCUCUAUCGAAAAUCGAGGUAGCCUCCGUCACAGCAGACGCCAUAGACUUCAUGCUCGUGGCUGAGGGUCAACGAUCGGAUGACGAACUCUCCCAAUACCGCCACGAGGACUCCUCUUUACGUCUUCAAGAUCCCCCCUCUUCCCACUGGCACUGGCACCAUAACUUGUGA